AUGGAAUUGAGUUCCUGCGCUUCCUUUUUGGCACGUGAAAUGGUUCGGUAUGCCGAAGCAAAGGCAAUCUUUACCUUUAUCAUUGGGGUGGAUCAUGGAGAACAACAACAACAACAACAGGAGGCUGUUCUGGACUCGUCUGUAAUGAUGCCACCACAGGCACAAGCACAGGCACAAUCGCAGCAACAGCACAAAAUGUGUUUACUACUCCGCUUGGUGAGCUGGGAUACCACCAUUGCCACGGAAGCAUCCAAGAACGAUGGUGGAUUGAAAUAUGAAAACGUGGCCAAAGUGGUCUAUGAAGAAGUUGUGGAUGAAAUGAUUGACAACAACACUAGCAAAGCCGACAACACCACCACCAAUAACAAGAGUGAGGACCCGAGUCAAUGGGUCUGGGGAGGAGUAAAUUUGUGUUGUAUUCUACCAGGCGUCAAGGAGACUGGCACUGCAAAUCAUCAAUUGGACAAGGUUUCCACCGUCCGCCUCCAACUACCACUGGACGAAUACGAGAUUGUCAAGAAGGAUUUGCACGCCAAGAGCAAUCUCUUUCCAAAGAGUAUCAAGGAUGCAACGAUUCUCAUGAAAAUGGGAGGAGCCAUGGGUGGUACCAGCAGCAGAAGCAGCGGCAAUACUACUAUGGACUUGACCGUCCUUCCUUUGAGAUAA